UUUCUACACGCAUGUCAGGGAGCCAUGCCACAUGUUAAAGGCCUUGAUAUUUUGAAUGACUGUGAGGAAAAUCAAAAGCUGGUUCAAAAGUUACCUGACUGGGCAGCAUCACGGUGGAACCGUGAAGUCACUCAAGUUAUGAAAGAAAGGCAGGAAUUUCCAAGCUUUCAGGAUUUUGUUACCUUCAUGUUAAUGGAAGCAGAGGUUGCUUGUAAUCCCAUAACCUCCUUUCAUGCUCUUCGCUCGUCAGAGUCACCUACAGACAAAGGUUAUCUCAAAGAAAAGAAGACUAAAUCCAGUGUUGUCCAUACACAGACGGUUACAGAGACUGAAAACCCAGUGCAGUUAAGGACAGGUUUAAAGGUACCAUGCAUGCUCUGUCAAGACAGUAAACAUCGCCUGCACAGUUGUCCUGAGUUCAAAGGGAAGUCUCUUGAUGAACGACGAAAAUAUGUGAAAGAAAGGAAACUGUGUUAUGGUUGCUUGAAGCCAGGGCAUAGUGCAAAGGAAUGCCGUCACAGACACUCAUGUGACACAUGCAAGGGAAGACAUCCAACCUGCCUCCAUGAUGACAGCUUCUCUAAAGCUAGGCCAGUGUUGAUCUCAACUCAGAGCACCACAAAUGACGAAGCAGCAACCACAUUGUCUCUCAGCGUGGAGACUGAGGAGCCAUCUUCCAACACCUCCAUGAUUGUGCCAGUAUGGGUUUCCUCUGUCAGCAAUCCAGGUAUGGAAAUGCUUGUUUAUGCCCUGCUUGACACCCAAAGUGACACAGUCUUCAUUGACCAAGACGUUAGCCAUAGCUUACAAGCCAAGGCACAUCCUGUAAGGCUGAAGCUAACUACAAUGAUUGGAAAAGAUGAAUUAAUGCACAGUGAAAGGGUCUCAGGUCUCAGAGUGUGUGGCUAUAGCUCCACAAUCCUCAUUGAUCUCCCUCCUGCCUACACCAAAGAUUGCAUACCAGUGAAUCGAACACACAUUCCGACUUGUGAAACGGCAAGGUACUGGAAUCAUCUCAUCGCCAUAGCAGAUGAAAUCCCACCACAGCUGGAGUGUGAAGUUGGUCUUUUAAUAGGAUACAACUGUUCAAGGGCACUGGCACCACGGCAAGUAAUCUUGGGAGGGGACAAUGAACCCUAUGCAGUUCACACAGAUCUAGGGUGGAGUAUUGUAGGUUGUUCAUCCCCUCAUCUUGACUCACCAGGUAUCACCAAUGUGUGCCACAGAGUUGCUGUCAGAGAGCUUCCUCCAGUGACUCCAUCAGAUGCUAUCAAGGUUCUUGAGUCUGACUUUAAGGAUGCCAGUAAGGAUGGCAAGGCUGUGUCUCAGGAUGACAUACUCUUCCUGGAGAUAUUAAGGGACAGUAUUCAGAAAAACAUUUAUGGUCAUUAUGAGAUGCCACUCUCCUUUAAAGAGAGACCCUACCUCCCUGACAACAAGCAACUGGCCAUUGUCCGGCUCAAUCAUCUUAAGAGAAAGUUGCUGAAGGAUGAAACCUACAAGGAGCAUUACAUGAAGUUCAUGAGUGAGGUAAUUGAAAAGGGUGAUGCAGAAGAAGUUCAUGACAAGGGAAAGGAAGGAGAAAGGUGGUAUAUCCCCCACCAUGGGGUCUAUCACUCCAAAAAACCACAGAAGCUCCGUGUUGUUUUUGAUUGUUCUGCUAAAUACAAGGGAGCCAGCCUAAAUGACCACCUGCUGUCAGGCCCAGAUAUGAUAAAUAAUCUAACUGGCGUCCUCAUCAGAUUCAAGCAGCAACAUAUUGCACUGAUGUGCGAUAUCGAGAAGAUGCUUCACCAGUUCCAUGUGUGUGAAGCUGACAGAGACUAUUUACGUUUCCUCUGGUGGAAAGACGGAGACCUGAGUGCAGAGCCACAGGAAUUCCGCAUGAAGGUUCAUCUUUUUGGUGCCGUAUCAUCGCCUGGAUGCGCCAACUAUGGACUGAAACAUCUCGCCAAGGAGAACGAGAACUUGUUUCCCCUUGCCUCAGAGUUCAUUAUGAGAGAUUUUUAUGUUGACGACGGUGUCACAAGUAUACCAAGUGUAGAUGAAGCUAUUCAGCUUGCAAAGGAAGCUCAGAAACUCUGCACUAUGGGUGGACUGAGACUGCACAAGUUUGUGUCUAAUAACAGGUCAGUUUUACAGAGUAUAACCCCAUCUGAGCGUACCAUUGAAGUAAAGGCUCUUGAUCUCGCCUUCAAUGAUUCCACGUUGGGAAGAGCCUUAGGGAUCCAUUGGCACAUUGAGUCCGACACCCUCAGAUUUCGAAUCUGCCUGAAAGAUCAGUCGGCAACACGUCGUGGCAUACUAUCCACGGUGGCCUCCAUUUAUGACCCAUUAGGGUUUGUUGCUCCCUUCCUGCUUAAUGGGAAGAAGGUGCUUCAGGAAAUGUGCAGGCAUGGCACUGGAUGGGAUGACCCUCUCCUUGGUGAACUACAGUCGGUGUGGGAACGCUGGAAGAGUGAUCUUGCGAACUUGGAAAAAAUCAACAUACCUCGCUGCUAUGUACCACCUGAUUUUGGACAUGUUGUGAGAAGAGAGCUACACCACUUCUCUGAUGCAAGCACCUAUGGUUACGGCCAGUGUUCGUAUUUGAGACAUGUGAAUGAAGAUGGCAUUGUUCAUUGUGCUCUGGUCAUAGGAAAGUCCAGAGUAGCUCCUAUCAAGGUCAUAACUAUCCCCAGGUUAGAGUUGACGGCUGCCGUUGUCUCAGUCGAGGCAAGCAACAUCCUGAAAGAGGAGCUUGGUCUUGCCGACAUCAAUGAAUACUUCUGGAUGGACUCCAAGGUGGUUCUGGGGUAUAUCAGCAAUGAGGCACGUCGCUUCCACACAUUUGUGUCGAAUAGGAUACAGAAGAUACAUCUCAGCACAACUCCUCAGCAGUGGAGGUAUGUUCCGACUGACAAAAACCCUGCAGAUCUAGCCUCAAGAGGUUCAAGUGCAAACGAACUUCUCACAUCCACUUGGUUUACAGGACCUCAGUUCUUGUGGGAGAAGGAGAUACCUCCAGCUGCAGAUGUUAUCACAGAAAUACCAAUUGGAGAUCCUGAAGUCAAAAAGGUUCAGACACUACAUGUGCAAAGCACAGAGCAAGUAAGUCUCUCAGACCGUUUGUCAAGAUUUUCUUCAUGGUACAAGGCCACUCAAGCUGUCGCUUGUCUCCUCCGCCGUGUCAAGAGUGACAAGUCAACAGGUCACAGCACAGUUCAGGAGCGAGAAGAUGCACAGUGCAUUGUCAUAAAAGACUUACAAAGUCGAGUGUAUCCAGACGAAAUUAAGUUGCUCAGUAAGGGAACUCAACUUACACCUCAGAGUAAACUGUAUCACUUGGAUGUCUUUCUUGACCAAGACGGAAUCCUCAAGGUGGGAGGAAGGCUGAAAAAUGCAUCUUUCCCUACAUCACAGAAACAUCCAGUGAUAAUUCCAAAGGAUCAUCAUAUCACCAGCAUGAUAAUAGCUCAUUAUCAUGAACAGGUUAGACAUCAGGGAAAAGGUCUUACUAUUAAUGAGAUCAGAUCAAAUGGAUUCUGGAUCCUAGGAAUCAACAGAACUGUUGCUGCAUAUGUGCGCCAAUGUGUCAAAUGUCAAAAACUCAGGAGGUCUGCAGAAGAGCAGCGAAUGGCAGAUCUGCCGUCAGAGCGUGUAGAUCCAUCUCCCCCAUUCACAUAUUGUGGAAUGGAUUGCGUUGGUCCAUUUCACAUCAAGCAAGGACGCAAGAUUCACAAGAGAUACGGUCUCCUUUUCACAUGCCUCUGCUGUCGAGCUGUCCACAUUGAAAUGCUGGAUGACAUGUCAACAGAUGCCUUCAUUAACAGCCUUCGCUGUUUUAUUGCCAUAAGAGGAGCCGUCCGCCAGAUACGGUGUGACCAGGGGAGUAAUUUUGUCGGCGCUAAAAACGAACUACGUCAAGCUCUAAAGCAAGUGGAUGAUAAGCGCCUGACUACACUUUUGGCUGAGAAGCAGUGUGAUUUCAUCAUGAAUGCUCCCCACUCAAGCCAUGCUGGAGGUGUCUGGGAGAGACAAAUCAGAACGGUAAGGAGUGUUCUUCGUGCCACUCUCUCACUCUCAUCAGGCAGGCUCAACGAUGCCUCUCUGCGUACAUUCUUCUACGAGGCAAUGGCUAUUGUGAACAGUCGUCCGCUCACAGUUGACAACCUGAGUCAUCCAGACAGUCCUGAACCACUAACACCAAAUCACCUGCUCACUAUGAAGUCUGUUGCAGCCUUACCUCCUCCUGGCAGAUUCAUCAGAGAGGACAUGUACGCUCGUAAGAGGUGGCGUCAUGUGCAGUAUCUUGCAGAGCAAUUCUGGAGUCGCUGGAAAAGAGAAUACCUCUCUCAGAUUGCUACCAGACAAUGCUGGCAUACUCCAAGAAGAAACCUGAAGGUCGGGGACAUAGUCAUGGAGAGGGCAGAUGAUCUGCCACGGAACGAGUGGAGAUUAGCCAAAGUUGUAGAGACAGUGACUGAUACAGAUGGACUCAUAAGAAAGGUAAAGAUUCGUCUCGGAGACCAGAAGACUGGAAAGGAAGGACAGCGUUCUGGCAAGCCAUCCAUUGUCGAGCGCCCAAUUCAGAAGCUGAUCGUUCUCCUAGAGACUGUUUGAAUCCCCUCUUCACUCCACAACCAUAUAAUUUACAGUAUGAAGAGUCUGAUGUUUGGACAUUCUGAUAGACUAAUAUGUGGUUGAAUGGACUUGCAGUACGGAAUAAGCCUUUAAGAGUUUAAAGUCAUUAUUGAGUGGAUCAUUCGUGUUUACAUCCCUUAUUGUUCUGAAAAUCACUCAUGAUCGAUGGGAGUGUAAAUGACCUAAAUUACGAUGUUUGUUCAGUUUAUUAAUGCUUUCUUGUGACCUAUGUUGAUUUUGUCUCAUUUUGUGAAAUUAUAAAAUGGGUGCUUUUAUUUUGAAGGUGCAUUUAUUUUGAAGGCAGAAUGCGGUAGGAAGUAAAAGACGUGCACGACGGUAGAUGUUUACAAGUGCUUCUUCCAGACGAACGAAAAUGCCAUGCUUUUGUUAAUUAGCACCUGGUUGAAAAGGGCACAAGGUUUGUCGGUUUAUAUGUCAUUUGUGUGCAACAUUGAGUCACAUUAUAAUGCCUUUUCUUAGAAGUUUUUUUUUUUUUUUUUUUCAGAGUUUGUACUGAGUAACUGUUGGGGCUGUAUGUGUAGGCUAGCUUAAUUGGUAUAUUAGCCGCGACACAAAGAAAUUCUGUUGUCAUUGCUAUUCCUUGGUUGAAUUAAGCCUGCUACUAAGAGGAAAUUUGUGUUUAAGUUUAAGAUUAGUCUUGCAAUAACUGCAGUAAAUUUGAACAUGGGAGAAAGCUCUUGAAACUGCAGUUUAUGUGUAAUUUGCACAUUUUUGUAUGAUUUAUGUUGUAUUAUUGCAGCACAGAGUGUGAAUAAAUAUUUCAGGUUAGAUAUGCUUGCCUACAUCAUAGCACUCUAUUGGAGAUUGUCACUAAUUGCUAAAAACAGUUAAAAAGGGUCAUUUAAUAGUUUUACUUGAAUAGCAAAGUCAAUUCAUUUUCAGAUUUAAGCUUUAAAUUACAGUAAAUGUAUUUGAACUGUGGUUAAAUAUUAUUGAAUAUUGUAAGGUUCAAAGGGAUGGAAGAAAAGUAAUAUUUUUGUCGUUUUUUGUUUUCUUCCUAGCUCUUACGGUGUGUUCACAGCAAUGUUUGGAGCUACAAGUAUCAUAAAUAAAGAUCUUGUGAACCAUCAGUUGGAGAGUAAGACCAUCAUUCAACCGGGGAUGCUACACUGGGUGCUGCUCUUGUGCCUACUCUGCCAACUUUCAAGGGCACGCUAAGGUUGCUUAGUGACCAUAACCAGCACCAUGUUAUAGCCUGCUUACCAGAAAUCCUAAGAGCAGAGUUGGUCUUCUUCCAGGCGUUGUUUGGUAAACUACAACAGAUGACACGGACUUGACGGCACCCGUUACCUCCUUC